UGGGAACAACUCUUGCGAGUUAUGUAUGAUGUGGCUGCAGCGUCUUAUUUGUUAUGAUAUAUCGUAGUUUUGCUGUGGCCUGCAUUGGCUCAGGAGAAGCCCAGGCCGAUGUAAGGGGUAAUAAUAUACGUCGUGGUUUGUCAAAUUCGUAAUCAUCGUGAUUAGAAUAUCUCGUACGAAGACGAAAAUGAUUCGUCAUUCUCUCUCUUUGCCUUCGCCAAAUAGGCAAGCAUUUUAGUACCAUUACACUAAAGAAGAGAAAAAAGAAGAAAAUUAUUUUCUGUUGUAAUAUUUGCAUUUUGAAUUCCACUUAAUACUGUCAGGGAUCGAUCGUACAAUGGUAGAAGAAGUUGUUCAACCAGCUAGCAGCAGACCGAAAAGCAAGACAGCUCGACCACGUCCAGUAUAUUUGUGGAAUGUUUUGGAUGUUCAGAAAUGGCUGAGACGCCACUGCAGUGAUUAUUAUCAAUUGUACUAUGAAAACUUUUUACAUCACGAUAUUACAGGAAGGGCAUUGUUAAGGAUAAAUGAAGAUAGUUUAAGACGGAUUGGCAUCGAUAAUGAACAGCACAGAUUGGAAAUAUGGAGAGAAAUUUUGAAAUUGCACCUGAAAACAUUCAUGCUAGAGAUGAAGGAUAUUGAACGACGUAAUAAUAUGAAAUUGAUCUGAAGCAUAUAAAAUAUAUACAUCAUUCAGUUAUAUUAUCCUAAUAUAAUUGUUGCUUAUAUUACAUGUUUGUAAUAUAUAAU